GUUCACCUCCUCCUGGACCAUGGCGCUGACAUCGAGGCCCCCAACUCUUCGGGCCGCACCGCGCUGCAUGAGGCGGUCGUUCGCAACGAUGUCGGGCUUACAAGGUCCCUCCUGGAACAUGGCGCCGACGUCGAGGCUACCACCCCCGAAGGCGAGAAGCCGUUGUGGAUGGCGGCCAAGAAGGGUCAUGAACCCGUGGCCGAGUUGUUGCUCCAGUGCAAAGCCGACGUGGAAUCAUUCAACGAAAGGACCUGGACAACCGCACUGUUUGAGGCGGUCAAUCAAGGGCGUGAAGGCCUUGUCAAAUUACUCAUUGAAAACGGCGCUGAUAUUGACGCGCGACAAACUGGACCCCCAGCUGCGCGCAAAGGCGGAGCAUCGCGGACUCUUGGGAAUGCCGACAUGGCCAAGCUGCUUCUCCAGCAUGGAGCAAACAUGGCCAUACGAGGCAAGGACGGGCGAUCCGCCCAGCAAAUCGCCGAAGAGCAAGGUGCAAGAGAGCUGGCAGCGCUGCUGAGCUCCGCUCUCCUACAACAGGGACCCGAGAUCACUAAGGAAAAGGGGAAACGGCCGCACGACGCCCCACCCCCCAUUGUUCCGCGAGCGCUUCCCGCUCCUCGACAUAAUCCGGACAAGAUGCAUGCUUGCCGGUGCUGGGAGGCCACCAUGAUCGAGUUUUACACCGAAGGACGAGAGCAAAGAUAUCAGCAGUCGGCUUCCAUCUACGAUUUGCUCUAUGGAAAAGGUCCGAAGGCAGUCUUGGAUGCAAAGCGACCUGGGAGGGUGGUUGGGGAGACGGCCAAGUUCACGUGGUAUCAUCUCCCUGCCAACAAUCCCUCAAGAUGGAAUGGGUUGAGGCACUCGUGGCCAGACUUUUCCCCCCUCAGAACCCAGACCGAACUACCGAAGAGAGGCUCAGAGAGACGCUGGGGAUUAUUCGCCCGGUUCGCGGCAAAGCAGAAAGAGCAAGCCCAACGCCAAGACCUUCAUUCAAAAGGCCGGAUGCUAAAGAAAUCAAGGAAGAUACAAUGAGCGAGCUUGGUGCAGCUUCAUCGCGUGGAGAUUCCUCAGUGGUCGCUUUCAUCCCCUACCUUCACUUCGAAUCCUCCAUGCAUCACGACCUCGUCGCCGUCCUCAUGAACGAUCGCUCACCGCCAGAGCCCAUGCCACUUCCUCGCGAGCAAUCAAGAGCGGGCACCACCCUUACCAACCCCUCCACGUUGCCACAGUCGGCCGACCCAGAAGCAACACAUUCCGUACCCCUCGGUUCCGGGGUCUCCGGAACUCAUCAGGAUCAUGUCCAACAUCCGGACGAGAGUUCGCGGGCCGGGGGCCCGGAACAGCCGCUUGUGCAAAGAGCACAGGAGGAGCCACCCCCGGAUCAAUCGCAGCCCCCAACCCUUAGGGUGAUCGAUGCCAUCCAUCCAUAUGUACACUUGAUCAAGGGCUAUUUUUCGCAGG